AUGACUUCCAAAUUACAAGAAUAUAAAGCCUCGAUAGAGCGCAGCUUAAAUGACAAAAGCAAUCCGUGGGCAAAAUACUUUGAAAUAGCUGAACAAAAGACCGGUGUGAACAGGGUAUAUAUAUUUAUUGGCUUGGUCGCGUUCACCGGUUUAUAUUUAGUGUUUGGAUUCGGCGCGGAGUUGAUAUGCAAUUCUAUAGGAUUCGUUUACCCAGCGUACAUGUCAAUGAAGGCGUUAGAGUCGCCAAUGAAAGACGAUGAUACUAAGUGGCUGACGUACUGGGUGGUAUACGCAUGUUUCUCAAUCGUCGAGUACUUUUCCGAUUUUAUUGUUGGAUGGUUCCCACUAUACUGGCUGAUCAAGUGUAUCUUCGUAAUCUGGUGCUACUUGCCAACGGACUACAACGGCUCCUUGAUCAUCUACCAUCGUAUCAUUCGUCCGUACUACCAGAAACAUCACGGCCGUAUCGAUGAUAUUGCCAACUCAGAAAAAGAUAUUUUGGGAGAAUUGGUUAAAAACGCCAACAAGCAUAUGGAUAAAACAAUGAAAGCGUUCAAUCAGAGAUUAUCUGAACUACACAAAGAU